CGCGGGGGCGCGGGGAUCGCGGGGAUCGCGGGGGCUCGCGGGGGCGCGGGGAUCGCGGGGCGCGGGGGGGCCCCGAGGCUGCUCCGCGGGCGCGCGGCCAUGGCCCGGAGGAGCGGCCUGGCGCUGCUGCUGCUGCUGCUGCUGCCGCCGCUCGUGCUGGGCCGCGGGCCGCUGCCGCUCGUCCUCAACACCUGGCCCUUUAGGAACGCGACCGAAGCAGCGUGGAGGACUCUGGCAUCGGGAGGCGGUCCCCUGGAUGCCGUGGAGCAGGGCUGUGCCACCUGCGAGAGGGAGCAGUGCGAUGGCACCGUGGGCUUUGGAGGGAGUCCCGACGAGCUUGGAGAAACCACGCUGGAUGCCAUGAUCAUGGACGGCACUACCAUGAACGUAGGAGCAGUAGGAGAUCUCAGACGAAUUAAGAACGCUAUCGGUGUGGCACGGAAAGUACUGGAACAUACAGCGCACACGCUUUUAGUGGGAGAGUCAGCCACCAAGUUUGCUGAAAGUAUGGGAUUCAUCAGCGAGGAUUUAUCUACCAGUGCUUCUCGAGCGCUUCAUUCCGAUUGGCUCGCUCGGAAUUGCCAGCCAAAUUACUGGAGGAAUGUUGUACCAGAUGCUUCAAAAUACUGUGGACCUUACAAACCACCUGGUUUCUUAAAGCAAGAAGGAUCUACCUAUAAAGAAACAGGAAAUAAUUAUGGUCAUGAUACAAUUGGCAUGGUUGUAGUCCAUAAGAUGGGACAUACGGCUGCUGGUACAUCUACAAAUGGUUUAAAAUUCAAAAUACAUGGCCGAGUAGGAGACUCGCCAGUCCCCGGAGCCGGCGCCUACGCGGAUGACACGGCGGGAGCAGCGGCAGCCACCGGCGAUGGGGAUAUACUGAUGCGCUUUCUGCCAAGCUACCAAGCUGUAGAGUAUAUGAGACAAGGAGAAGAUCCAACCGUAGCUUGCCAGAAAGUGAUUUCCCGAAUUCAGAAGUAUUUUCCAAACUUCUUUGGGGCUGUGAUUUGUGCCAACGUGACUGGAAGUUAUGGUGCUGCUUGCGGUAAACUUCCAACAUUUACUCAGUUUAGCUUCAUGGUUUAUAAUUCUCUAAGAAAUCAGCCAACUGAAGAAAAAGUAGAGUGCAUCUAAUCCUUUCCAUCAGCAUCUGUAUUUCAAGAGGAAAGAAACAAAGGCUGGAAAGGUGACUCACUGUCGUCACACCGUAGGCCUCACGUAUUCAUCCUUCUUUGUGUAAAAGAAGAAGCGCAAAAAUAAACGUGUGCUGGAGUAGCACUUUCCCUUUCUGUAUCAGA